AAAGCGGCACCAAGCGUCGUAUGUGGUUGCCGGUAUGCAUGCUACACGACGACCACUGUCGUCGUUACUCAAGGCCCAGAAAGCCGUCACAUACGGGCUGAAUACCUCGCGACGACAUGCAGAGCUGCCACGUCCAGUGCACCGCCAGUUUACCACCUUUUUCGCAUCAGGAUCCCUCCGACAUCGAUAUGCGUCGCCGGUUCAGAAUCUCCGUCGUAUGCAUGUUCGCGCCAUUUCGUACUCGUCAAUACCGAGAUUUGUCGCAAGGGCGUUCCGGGUGCCUAUAGCGGGGGCGACGAUAGGCGCUGGGGGCUUUGGGUAUGCGAAUUAUAAGUUUGAAGAGCUGAGAAGUCGUUCACAGGCAUGGCUUAAUACCGUUCAAGACACUGCGACUGACAUGUUCGACUCGGCAACCGAUGGUUUGAAGGCCGUUCGGUCUCGCGUCUCAGAAGUCAAGCUGCCAGACAUACCGGAGACAGGUGCUGCCAAGUUUAUUAAAGACUUUUUUGGAAAGAGGAAGCGCAAGGAAGGCAGCGGUGAAAGCGAGGGUAACGAGGGCGAACGACAAUCCAACAAGAAACCACCGACUGACGAAGCAGCAGUCGCCGCUCUUGUCGCUGCAACUAUGUCUUCGCCCAACGACGAAUCCCCUUCCACUCCUGAUGUCCGACAAAAUGGCCUCAUGCACCUGACGAGAAAGCUUAUCGAAAUUCGCAGCAUGCUACUCAGCAUAGACCAGAGCGACGCGCUCAAGCUGCCAAGUAUCGUAGUCAUUGGAAGUCAGAGCUCCGGGAAGAGUUCAGUUCUGGAGGCGAUCGUAGGGCACGAGUUUCUGCCCAAAGGUAAUAACAUGGUGACGCGCCGACCCAUCGAAUUAACUUUGGUUCACACACCCGCUACCGAUGGAAAGGUUGUUGAAUACGGCGAGUUCCCUGGCAUGAGCCUGGGUCAAAUAAAGGAUUUCAGUGCCAUCCAGCGCACCCUCACUGAGCUCAACCUCGCCGUACCCACUUCCGAAGCCGUUUCCAAUGAACCUAUCGACCUCCGAAUAUACUCUCCCAAUGUACCCGACCUUACCCUCAUUGACCUUCCCGGAUAUGUUCAAAUUUCUUCCAUGGACCAGCCAGAAUCGCUCAAGGAGAAGAUUGCCGGCCUCUGUGAAAAAUACAUCAAGGAGCCUAAUAUUAUCCUUGCUGUAUGUGCUGCCGAUGUCGAUCUUGCCAAUUCUCCUGCUUUGAGGGCCAGUCGGAAGGUUGAUCCGCUGGGCCUUCGCACCAUCGGCGUAAUAACGAAGAUGGAUCUGGUAGAACCAGAACAGGGCGCAACCAUCUUGUCUGGUAACCGAUACCCCCUUCACUUGGGAUAUGUCGGCGUCGUGUCAAAGUCUCCGGAUAACAAGGGACGGCCGCAUACCUCGACCGAGCUGAUACGCAAGGCCGAGAGCGAUUACUUUGCUUCACACCGAGAUAUCUUUGGCAGCUCGUCUUCCUUAAUGGUAGGAACGGGCACGCUGAGACGCCGGUUGAUGGAGGUUUUGGAAUCGUCCAUGGCGUCGUCAUUACAUGGCAUUACAAACGCCGUACAACUUGAACUCGAAGAGGCGACGUAUCAAUUCAAGGUGCAAUACAAUGACAGACGCAUCACAGCAGAGUCGUACGUUGCCGAGACGAUGGAUAAGCUGAAGCUACGAUUCAAGGAUGCCAUGCAGCAAUUUCGUCGACCUAUCAUUCGGGAGAAGCUAAAGAACAUGCUGGAUGACAAAGUCAUGGACGUGCUUGAGCAGCUCUACUGGCUUGACAAGCGUGCACCAGAACUUGGCGAACUGGCAGCAGACCCUCGUGUAAAGCCCGAGAAUGUAGACAGCUUUUGGAGACACAAGUUGGAAGCUGCAUCGUCGCUUUUGACCAAGUCGGGUGUUGGCCGAGACUCGACGCUUCUCGUCGCUGAUGGAUUGAGGGCUUUAAUCGACUCGAUUGCAUCAGCAGAUCCUUUCAAUUACCAUCCACGGGCUGCGGAGAGGCUCAUCCAGUUCUCACACAUGAUUCUAAGAGAUCGAAUCGGUGUCACGUCAGACCAGGUCGAAAACUGCAUCAAACCGUUUAAAUACGAGGUCGAAGUGGAGGACCGUGAGUGGGAGCAAGGAAGACAGAAAGCUAUUGAUCUGUUCGAGAAGGAGCUGGGUAUGUGUGAGACAAAGCUGAAGGAGCUGAGGAAGAAGGUUGGUGGUAGCCGACGGUUAGGUGGGUUAAUUGGGUACGUCAGGAGUUUGGAGGAGGAAGACAGGAAGAGGAAGGCCAAGAAGUGGGAGUCGGAUUCGGAGGAACCUGAGCCGGUUCCAGAAUCUUACAAGUAUCCUCCUGCUCAGAUACUGGAUGCUCGUCAUGCCAUCUUGUACAAUGACCGCCUAAACAUCCUGAAACUGCGUCUGGCAGCCUUGCGUUCCAAGCGAUGCAAGGCGGGGCCCGAUAACGAUGUCCUUUGUCCUGAGGCAUUUCUUAAUGUCGUAGCUGACAAGCUAGCUUACACGUCCGCCAUGUUCAUCAACAUCGAAUUGUUGGACCAGUUCUUUUAUCAGUUCCCUCGUGAAAUUGACUCCCGGCUACUGUAUGACCUGGAUCGCCAAGAGAUUAUCGAGUUUGCGCGUGAAAAUCCUGCUGUGAGAGCACACUUAGAUUUGCAGCAGCGGAAGGAUAAAUUGGAAGAGGUCAUGAAGCAGCUGAAUAGCUUGUCAACACUUCGAGCUGAUCCUCAACCGGCACCACGUCGACAGCGUGGUUUGUUCGGAAACAUGUUCUAACGACUUUAACGUAGUUAUUUUAUUGUUUUAUACUUGGUUUUUGUUCGGGCUUCAUGUUCCCCACUCACUAAUUCACGAGCAAUAUAUCUUUAAUCCUUGCAUAUUGAACCCGUAACGGUAUGGUAGAAAUGCUGUAUACACUAUAGCUUAGCUUUGGCACCCUAUGCACAAUUUGAGCGCGUUUUUGAUCUC